AUGCAGCCGCUCACGGCCUACAUCUCCGAGUACCUUCCGUGGACAGGCAAGCUCUCGCCGCCCCUCGCCUACGCCAACUACACCGAUUUCGUCUCGACGGAGCUCGACCGCAGCCGCGCAAUGUACUCGAACUCAACGAUACCGGAUGGCAAUUUGUACCUUGUGGACAAGCCCAACAACGCCCAAGUGGCCCGUGCGCUUCUGCACUUGGGGCAACCGCCCAGUAUGUCGUUCCGUACGUGCUUCAACACCCAGCUCCCAGGUCUUCCCGGGCUCGUGUUCUACACCAACCGCGCCAUGGAGAUGCUCUGUGCGGCCAUGACGGCGCCGAACGCGAGCGCCGUCAACUGGACCGCGCAAGGCUCGUGCUUUCAAGCCACGCUGUGCACGCUCUCGACGGGCCAUGUGUGCUUUUGGCUCCUACCUGGCAACGUUGUCCACCGCGAGAGCUCGGAUGCAACGGCCAUGACGCUCACUUACGUCUACUACGAGUCGCGGUUCGGGCCGUGGAUCUGGUUUAAAUUUGGCUACCGCAUUGCAUCAACGCUCUUUGUGUGGUAUCGGCUCUGGCAUGGGUAUUACAAGCACGUGUGGGCGCUGAAGAGUGUUUUGCAAGGGCGAGGGCACCGCGCGACGCUACCGAGCGGCGUCUGGUCGUACGAACUCGUGGUCGGGGACCCGACCGCCAUUAUUCUUAUGGACCCCUCCGUCGCGACGUUGUAUUUCUUGGAUAUUUGGCUCAGCGUCACCAACCUCGCGGUUGCGAUCAUGCAAGUCGCGCAGUCGGGCAGCCUCGAGCAUGUGUUUCGAAGCACAUGGUACCUUUCCCGCACCGUAUGGUUUGCCUAUUGGAGCCUCUGCCUCGUCUCGUAUGGUCUCAAGCGCUUUCACAAGGAGCAUGUGUUUGCUGACGUGGAUCCGACGGUUUUGGCGAUUGCCGUCAUGGUCUACGGCCCACUGUUGACGUGGAUGAACGGACACAUUCCGGUCUUCACGAGGCUGUACCAAUGGACGUUCACCUUUUACUACAACAAUAUCAAGAACCGAGUCACCUUGGGCACCCUGCGACGUCGCCCGCCCCGACAAACGGCGCGCGGUGGCACCGUGCACGCAAUCAUGGAGACGUAUCCACAGCUCAAGGCCACGCCGACCAUCAACUUGCGCGCGACCGACUGCUUUGUGCUGUGCUACUGCAACGGCCAGCUCUACGAGCGCCUGCGAGUGAGCUUGCUGCAGUGCUUGGACCGACGCGACGCCGACAAAGUGAUCGCGCACAGCGCCGAGCCCUCCGAGUUUGUCUCUGCACCGCCAAACAGCCAUACGUGA